AUGACGGUAGGAGCAGGAUCAUCGUCCGGUCUGGAAUCAUCGGGAGAUGGAGAAGGCAGAAGAAUAGGAGGCUGUGGAGGGUCCCUCGAGAUAGAAUCUAGAGAGGAUCCCAACAAUGAUAACCCUUGUGUUCAGUGCCAUAACCAAGAAAACAACACAUACGAGCCCGAGGUUCAAGUUUACUAUGUUCAUGAGGCUGAAGAAGAACAAAAUAUACACAACCGAAAACUCGAAGAGAACUAUAAUUUGGAAAGAAACACACACAGAAGCCAUCCGUCAUCAGCAUUGGGAGUAUUCACUUUCGUUCUUCGCAAAUCCGGCACCGAGUGGACUGCGAAGCAGCACUCCGGAUACAUCGAGAACUCCGCCUCCUCCACCUAUGACCUUCAACGCAAGCUUGUCAAUGCCGUUCGUGCCGCUGAUUCCUCCGGCGCCGUUCAGUCCACUUUCUCUUUCGUUUCUCCCUCCUCUGCUGUCUUCCAGGUGGUUGUGGGUGGUGCAGUCUUCGUUGGAGGUGGUACUGUUGCUGCUGCUCGUGCUGGUGGUGCUGUCGCAGAGAGCACUGCCCCUGGUGCCGAGAAGAAAGAAGAGAAGGUCGCGGAAGAAGAAGAUGAAGAUUUUGGAAUGUUACUCUUUGAUUAA